GCUUUGAUCAUCUUUCUUUCCCCAUUUCUUGUUGAUCGUCGUUCUUUCCCCUCAUCUUUCGUUUCCCCUAAGUCCUAUACAAGUGAGAUUCCUUGCAAAGCUACUCGUGAUUGCCCAUAUGAGUUAUACUAUGAAACAAAGGCAUUGGAUAAGGGGAUAAAAAUAGAAAGGAUAAUGUUAACCAGUGGAAGGCAUUGGUUAAGAAGUCAAAUGUGUUUGUGUCUACACAUUGAUGCCUGUAGCCGUUUCCGUCAUCGACUCCAAAUCUCGAGUUAGAGAGACGACGAUGACGACGAGGGUCGGAGAGAGAGAUAACAAGACAUGAGAGAGAAAGAAGACACAUCGACUUGGUGGGCGGUGACUGCCGGCGGCGGAGGUGGGUUCAACAAUGGGUGAGAGACCUUCCGGCGGCGGAGGUGGUUCAAUGAUGGAUGACAAAUCUGAAAAGAGGAAGGCGGCGACAAAGUUAUGUGGUGUGCUAGUGUGUUUAGUUGAUGUUUAAAUCUGAACCCUUAUUUUUAAUCUAAUGGUUGAUAAUUGUUCCUACCAUUCUCACAUAUAAAAGUCAUUCUCACAUGAUAUGCCCUAUAUAUAUAUAUAUCAACUACAUGGAGGGAAUCAACUGCAUGGAAGGGUGAAAAUAAGGGUAUCAACUAUCAAGACUAGCAGCUAAAUAUAUAUUAUUAUUAUUAUAAAUAAGCACCAUAUAUGACCUAGCUAGUGUUUUUUUUAGGGGAUGUCCUAGUUGUUGUUUAUUGGUUCACAAUAAUAUUAUUUCUUUAUCUCCUUUUAGGUAUUGACCAAACUAAUCCAAAUGCUUUCCCCCUUUUAUAUUUGAGAUCAAUUGCUUAAGGUCAAUGUUUAAGAUACAGUGGGCCAACCUUUAACAUUCGCAUGGUAUACGUAAAAUUGGUUAGUCAUGUAGUGGAUGUCAUUUUCAAUCCCCUACAUUUAUUACUCUCUCUUAUCUCUCCAUAAAAGAAACAAGCAAAAAAGAGAAAGCAAAGGUUAAAAUGAAAAGGAAAAGAGAAAGAGAAAGUUCACAAACAAACAAAGAAAAUCUCCCAAAUUAAUUAUUAAUAUUAUUAAAUCAAACCAUCAUAUAAGUGCUUGAUUUCACUCAUCAAGGUAAAGAAUAUGGCUAUGAUGGAGUGUGAUGUAGAGGACAAUAAUUUCAUUGAGUGGCUCAAACCAUCUAAUUCCUCUAAAUCAUAUCUAACUUCAUCAUCAUCAUCAUCUUCUUCUACCACUCAAAAUGAAACUAUUCAAUUCUUUCCUAUUUUGAGUGCAAAUUUUUCAAAAGAUGAAGAACGUGAAGUGCCACAAAUUGAGGGUUUUGAGUUCAAAGAAGAAAAAGAGAUUGUGGCUUUGCAUAUUGGAUUACCUCAUGACACUAAAAAAUAUCUUGAUGAUGAGAAGAAGUUUUUCCAUUUUAAAGAAGAAGAAGAAGAAGAAAAGGCUUCUAAAAAAACCUUCCAAAGGUUUUGGAUACCAACUCCUGCACAGAUCCUUGUUGGACCUAUGCAAUUUGCUUGCUCCAUAUGCAACAAAACCUUCAAUAGGUAUAACAACAUGCAGAUGCAUAUGUGGGGGCAUGGAUCUGAAUUUAGGAAAGGGCCAGACUCACUAAGAGGCACACAACCAGCUGCAAUGCUAAGGCUACCAUGCUACUGUUGUGUUCAAGGUUGCAAGAACAACAUCAAUCAUCCAAGAGCUAAGCCUUUGAAAGACUUUAGAACUCUCCAAACUCACUACAAAAGAAAACAUGGGACAAAACCAUUUAUGUGUAGAAAAUGUGGGAAAACAUUUGCUGUCAAAGGUGAUUGGAGGACUCAUGAAAAGAAUUGUGGCAAGUUAUGGUAUUGCACUUGUGGUUCAGAUUUUAAACACAAAAGAUCUCUCAAAGAUCAUAUUAGGUCUUUCGGAAAAGGUCAUCGUCGUCUUUCCUCGAUUGAUGAUCGAGUUUUCGAGGAGGAGAAGGAAUGUGUUACUGGGUCUGAAGAAGAUGAAUUUGCUCCUACAUGAUCUAAGUAUCUAGCAUUUCUAAAUUUGAAUUGUCUUUGUUAUAUUGAAACCGUUAGAAAAAGUUGAAAAAGCAACAAAAAUUUAGAGAUGAAAAUUAGAAAAUUUGUCUCUAAUUUUUGUUGCUAUUUUAACUUUUUUCUAGUAUAAUAAGUAAAAUGUAGCCGAGUUUAAUUACUGUUCAAUGUUCACUACUCUUGUGCUCAGCAGCAAAACAUUGUCAAUAAUAUUGCUGAGGUAUGAACAUGGAAAUGUUUUGCUGCCGAGCACUUAGGGUAGUGAUGAGCUAUCAUAUCUAUAGAGGUUUGAUUUGUAGUUAAUUUUAAUAAAUACGGUUACCUAAAGUGGUGAAGUAGAUGAAUUUUCUUCUCAUAGUAAUAGAGGGUAGGUGUUAUGUCAUGUUCAAUUUUUGGUAUCCCUCUUCAAUGGAGAAAAUUUAUCGGCUUCAUUACCAAAAGGAUUUCCGUAUGUAAGUGCUGUUAACAUCUUUGUGAACUUUGAUAAAUUUUCUGGUAUGGAAAUCAUUGUCGGCUAGAUUAUUA